GCUCUGAACAUGUGUGGCUCUUUCAGUCAAGUCAGUGUUAGCUGCGAGUUGAUGGCAAAGCACAGCUGGCUAGUGGCUAACAACUAACCAGGUGGUAGCCUACAUCUGUUAUCGUGUGGAUAAUCUUUGCUCUGCGUCACCUGUCCCGGGGUUAGAGAUCCAGUGAGGAGCGCCUACUUUAACUCUGUUGUGAAGCUAAGUAUAAGCUAGCGUCAGCUAACAAGCUGCAGACUCUCCUGAAAAAUGGCCACUAUUUCAAUUCCUGCAUGUACUAGUGCACUCCUGCUUGAUAUCGAAGGGACAACAACACCAAUCACAUUUGUAAAGGAUAUCUUAUUUCCAUACAUCAGAGAGCAUCUUGAGGAGUACUUGUCUACUCACUGGGAGGAAGACGAGUGCAAACAAGAUGUUCAUCUCCUAAAGAAACAGAUUGAAGAGGACAUGAGGCAGCACCGGUCGUGCCCCGUCCACACCGUGGACCAGACGGUGCACACAGACGAGGAGAAGGCUAUUAGAGAGGUAAUGGAUAAUGUGCUCUGGCAGAUGGCGGCAGACAGGAAGUCGACAGCACUCAAACAGUUACAGGGCCACAUGUGGAGGUCAGCAUAUUCUUCUGGGAGAAUCAAAGGCGAGGUCUACCAGGAUGUAAUUCCAUCCCUUAAAAGAUGGAGAGAACAAGGACUAAAAGUGUACAUUUACUCCUCGGGAAGCGUGGAGGCACAGAAACUUCUGUUUGGAUACUCUGAGGAAGGAGACGUGUUAGAUUUAUUAGAUGGUCACUUUGACACCAGUAUAGGUGCUAAAGUGGAACGUAAAAGCUACGAGAGAAUUGCUGAGAGGAUUGGAUUUCAACCAGAAGAAAUCACAUUCUUGACCGACGUCAUUCGAGAGGCCAAAGCAGCAGAGGAAGCGGGGGUGAACGUGGUGGUGGUGGUCAGGUCCGGGAACAUGGAGCUGACGGAUGACGAGCGCUCCCACUAUAGCCUCGUUACAUCCUUUAGCCAACUGGAAGUGACGGGACGUGUUUAACAGAGCUAGGAGGAACACUUUGUUUCAUAAUGACCUGUUCUUUCUUUUCUUUGCCCUCCCAGCCCCCUCACCUCUCUCCUUUUUGCAAUGUUUUAGUUUGUUCCGCGUUGACAGUUCAAAAGGUGUAGGAGAAGCUGCUGGGACUCCUGUUAGAGGUCCCGGCCUGUAAGGAGUCAAUCUACCCCGUUCUGUGAGGGUGCCUUUCAAUGGAGACAGAUCUGCGAAGGGUUAUAGCAACAUCACUCACUGGUAGGGUUGCAAAGGGGUGGAAAGUUUCCGGUAAAUUUCCGGAAAGUUUCCAUGGGAAGUUAAGCUGGGGAAUUUUGUAAAUAUUCGAUGCAAAAUUAAACAAAAAAACAUGACAUUUCAACAGAUUUCUUUAAAAAAAAAAAAAAAUUUAAUAAAAG